AUGGCAAGUGAUACGCGCGGCGCUCUAGUAGUGGUGGGCAGUGGCCCUGGAAUCGGCAGCCACGUCGCCCGCACCUUCUCUUCGCACGGCUUCAAGCGCAUCAUCCUCCUCUCACGCGACCCCUCACGUCUCGAGAAGGACGCUCAGUUCAUCCGCAACAAGACGCCGUCCGCCAACGUCUCGACUUUGCCUAUUGAUCUCGCAAACACGUCCGGAAUCCCCUCGGCACUUGCGCAGGUGGACAAGGCAUUGGGCGACACUCCCCUUGAAGUCGUUCUCUUCAAUGCCGCUCGAGUCGGCCCUAGCACUCUUGUCGAGUGGCCCAUGGAAGAGCUCGAGCUAGACAUCAAAAUCAAAAUAACAGGAUGCUAUGCUGUCGUCCAAUGGGCUGUACCGAAACUGCUAGCCGCGAAGAAGUCGCACAAGCCCGCUUUCCUCUGCACAUCAGGCUCCAUCUACAAGGAACCCAUCCCAGAGGUCUUUUCGCUGUCGGUAUGCAAGGCUGGUCAGCACAAUUUGGUGCACAGUAUGCACAAGAAGUAUAAAGAGGAGGGUGUAUACUGUGGCAUGGUGGUCGUUGGAGGCGUUGUUGCUGACGAGCAUCCCGAGUGCAAUGCUGAGAACAUUGCGAACAAGACUUGGGCUCUAUAUGAGUCGCGUGAUGAUCUUCAGGUUGAGAUUGUUGACCCGUGA